CAUAAACGAGCAAAAUCUAAAAAGACAAGCUAACUUGUAUUCUUGUGUUGUGUGUUUUAUUUUAACAUGAUUCAAAGCAGCAUAAGGUCUUUCUUUACUAAAGUUAAAGAUAAUGAAGAGAGUGUGGAAAAGGACGGGUACGUAAACGUUUAGCAAUGUUUCAUUUCCACUUUAAAAGACUAGUUACAAAUUACCGAACAAUUAAUUCAUGUUUACCCCAACUUAGAAAAAUUGCCGUCUCUGAUGGGGGCCCCUUGCAAGCGAAACAAAGUGGUAAGAGGCCAAGGAAGUCAAGCAGUGCUGAUAGUUCCCCAGAUGUCAAGAAGGCAUGUCCCUCCAGUGCCUCUCCAGAAAAGUCGGAUAAAGAGAACAAAAAGAAUGUGGAAAAGUCACCUAAAGUAGCUUCGCCCAGUCAAACGCCAGUAAAAUCUCUGCUAGCUAAAGAUUCUGGCGAAAAUGAUUCGUAUAAUCCAAAUGUUGCAAAAUAUCAUCCUCUUGAAGAUGCCACCUGGAGGCAAGGUGAACGAGUGCCAUAUAUCGCCUUAACUCGAACAUUGGAGGAAAUUGGAAGUAUAUCAAGCAGAUUAAAAAUAAUUGAAAUUUUAAGUAACUUUUUCCGUUCUGUAAUACUCCUAAGCCCUGAUGAUUUGUUGCCGUCGCUUUAUUUGUGUUUGAAUAAGCUUGGCCCGGCCUAUGAAGGUCUUGAGCUUGGUGUUGCUGAAACCAGUCUAAUGAAAGCAAUUGCCUCUUCCACUGGUCGAUCGAUGUCGCAAAUAAAAACCGAUUGUCAGGAAUUAGGUGACCUUGGUUUGGUCGCUGAACAGUCAAAAACAAACCAAAGAAUGCUUUUUCAACCUGCACGUCUUACAGUUUUUGGCGUUUUUGAAAAAUUGAAAGAAAUCGCCAAAUUGACCGGACACGCUUCACAAACUAAGAAAAUUGAAAAAAUUCAAACAAUGUUCGUGGCUUGUAAAAAAUCGGAAGCACGAUUUUUAAUCCGUUCACUGACUGGUAAAUUACGAAUUGGAUUGGCAGAACAGUCAGUUUUGCAAGCACUGGCUUUGGCGUGUACUCUAAACCCGCCAAAUUCGAAAUCGCCAGUGAAAAGUGUGAAUGUAGCGAAAAAAAUUGCCUCGGAUGAUUUCAAAGAGAAUUAUGAUAAGUUGGCUCUGAUCCUUAAAACCACUUAUUGCGAGUGCCCUAAUUACGACAUGAUAAUUCCAAGGUUGUUAUCGGACGGAAUUGAAAAAUUGCCCGAAUAUUGCAAACUCACUCCAGGGAUUCCCCUGAAGCCCAUGUUGGCGCAUCCUACGAAAGGAAUCCAGGAGGUUUUGCACCGAUUUGAUGGGCUGAAGUUUACUUGCGAAUGGAAGUAUGACGGGGAGAGAGCUCAGAUUCACAUAAGCGGCAAAGACGUUUUCAUAUUUAGCCGUAAUCAAGAAAACAACACUUCUAAAUACCCCGACAUCAUAUCUCGAAUAGACAAAUGUAAAGACGAAAAGGUGCAAUCAUGUGUUCUUGAUUGUGAAGCUGUUGCUUGGGAUCGAGAAAGAAAAGUCAUUCUUCCUUUUCAAAUUCUCAGUACCCGGAAGCGUAAAGAUGCGGAUGAAUCGUCAAUCAAAGUCCAAGUUUGUGUCUUCAUGUUUGAUCUUUUAUACUUAAACGGCGAAUCAUUAGUGAAAAAACCGUUCAUCGAACGUCGAAAUCUCCUAAAAGAGCAUUUCAAAGAAGUGGAAGGGGAGUGGUGUUUUGUCACUUCUCUAGAUACAAACACUAUGGAAGAAGUCCAAGAAUUCCUAGAGGAGAGUAUCAAGGGAAAUUGUGAGGGUUUAAUGGUGAAAACUUUGGAAAAGGAAGCCACGUACGAAAUCGCCAAACGCUCACACAAUUGGCUCAAACUGAAAAAAGACUACUUGGACAGUUGUGGCGAUACUCUCGAUCUAGUGGUCAUUGGGGGUUAUCUGGGCAAAGGGAAACGGACGGGAACCUACGGAGGCUUUCUCUUGGCUUGCUAUGAUCAAGAAAGCGAGGAGUUCCAAAGCAUUUGCAAGAUUGGAACUGGAUUUUCGGAUGAAGCCCUUCAACAACAUUCUGAAUUUUUGAAAAAUCACGUUAUUCAGGGUCCAAAACCAUAUUACAGGUUUGAUGGGAGUCAUGAGCCGGACCACUGGUUUGAUUCGGUGCAAGUGUGGGAGGUGAAAUGCGCCGAUUUGUCACUCUCUCCCGUACACAGAGCAGGAAUUGGAAUUGUUGAUUCUGAGAAGGGAAUUUCGCUACGAUUCCCUAGAUUUGUCCGUAUAAGAGAGGAUAAGUCUUCAGAAGAGGCAACAUCGUCGCAACAGGUCGCUUCAAUGUAUUCUAACCAAGAACAAGUGAAGAAUCAAGCUGGUACAAGCAACAAAGCGGCCGAGGAAGACUUCUAUUAAGCAAAAUAAUUGAUCAAGUGAACUGAAGUAACAAAAUAUUUAUUUAGUUAUAUGUACAACUCUGUAAUGGUAUACAUUUUUUUAUCACA